UCUUUUUUUUAUUUCAAGCAUUAUUUGAGUGAAAAGAAACUCAUUGCAACCCAUUGGCAUUAAAAUAAAACAAUUUUAUUUUUUUUUGCAAAAUUUCCCAAAAAAAUCGUAAGGGGCAAGCCUUAUAAAAUUUUCGAGUUGAAAUUUUUUUUAAAAUUUUUUUCUGAUUUUUUAUUCUUUUUUUAAUUUAAAGCACUAUUUAAGUGAAAAGAAACUUAUUGCAACAAAUUCCCAUCAAAAUAUAUCACAUUUAAAAUUUUUGCUACAUUGCUCAAAAAUGAGGAAAAUUAUACAUUUUCUCAAACAGGGUAAGGGACUUGGUUCCUCGAAUAACUUCUGGUAUAGCCAUCUGAAGGCAUGGCUGUCCAAGAAGAAAAUGUAGCCAUUGGUGCCAUCUAUCGACCACAGGUUAAAGAUUGGCGAUCGGUUUGAUACCGACCGAGUUAUAGGUAAAAAUUGGUCUUAUUUCAUCAAAAAUGAGCCUUAGAUGAUUAGCAAAAUAAGUAGCGUAGAAAGUUUGUUCAAUAUACUUCAGUCCAAUCACUCGGUGAGAUUUAAGUGUGAGUACGUCAGUGCGUAAAGCCGUCAGGACGUGAAUACGCAAGAGUCUAAAUUUCUGUUGAAGCACUCCCGUAACCCUGUGUGUCUGAUUCUCAACUUCUACACAGUUCCCUUCCUGUAUCAGUUAGUCCGCCAGUUUAAAGCUAUCCCAUUUUCCUGUGCGUCUGAUUUUCGACUUUCGAUUAGUUCUCGGGAAAAACGCAUUUGCGUCCGUUAGUAAUUAUGUUGUUCGUGGCGUGGUUCAUAUGUAUUUUUAGGCGGAAUAUUAUGUUAUGGGAAGUGCAAAUGAAAAUUUAUGUUAUAUUUAAUGAUAUAUUUAAUGAUUGUAUCAAAAAAAAAUUUUUUUUUACGUUCCAUCUUACUUCCAUCCAUACAUUUUAACCAAACAAUGAUUUUAAAUAAAAUCAAAAGGGAGGAAAAAUAAAAUUAAAAUAAGACCCAGCCAGAGUAGAGUAAAGCAAAUGUGUCCCAACCGAAGUGCAUUGCAUUAAUGGUUUGUAAAUAUUUAUUUCAAGUAAGUGAGUUAGGUGAGUUUAAAUUUAAACAGGUUUGGCAAAGGUGGUUCUAUCAACAAAAACGAAAGAGCAUUCUAAAAAAAAGCCUCGAAUAGAGCCAACCAACAAAAACCUUAACAAGCGUUCAAGGACAUUGGAAACCGUACAAAGUACACAACAAGCGCCUUUUUCCGUUUGUCGUCAGCAUUAAAACUUUUAUCAGAUCUCUUUGCAUAUCUAAAGUGUAAUAAGGACAACAACAUAAAAUCGAAAUAGCUACUCCAAAAGCAAACAGAAACGGUUCUAAACAAACAUUAGAACGUGUGCUUUAGCCUAAUAAAGCUUGUCUCGAAAAUUGUGAUUUGCAAUGAUGUGAAAAAUCAUCUUUUUUCAUCUGCCACAACCGUUCGUAAUUGAUAAAGUUUUUUCAUCAAAUUGAAUGCUGAAAAUGAUGAGAUACCUUCCGUAAUGUGUUGAGGAAUAAUUUUAAAGUAUGAGUUAAAAAUAUAUUUAGCACCAUUUGGCCUACAAAAAGAUUUAAUUCGAAUCGUUUUUUGAUAAUAGAAGCUAAACCAUGAAUGAUGAACGAAUAAAACAAGCACCAAACAUUCAAUCUUUCAAAUCCUUUUUCGACGAAGCUUUCGCAACCUCUCCCUCAAAAGCACUGCUGGCAAGUGGAAUAAGGCGCGAUCGCAUCGAAAGCACGAGCAAUAGAAAACUGUUCGGGACACUCACGAAACUUCGGCCUACGGUCGUGUCUACGGAUCCGGCUCGAAUGCGUGCUGUAUCGCGAUGAACUUGUCACUAUAUUACCAUGGACAUUGUGGUCCAUCGUGUGUCAGACAAAUUUUAUGCGUGCUUGUGAAUGGUAAUGGAAUGGCUUUAGUGAAUGUCGAUGGGUUUCCGGUGUACUGAUUGAACGAUUCGCGGACAUUGAACGGUGCCGUAUCCUGCCAGCACCAUUGUAUGCGUGAUAAAUGUGAUUAAACUGUAUGGUUGUUGAAUGAGUUAGAAUGAGAAAAGUGUAUUAACAAGUAGAUGUGGCUUUGCUGAUUGUUUUGUCAAUGAACAAAGAAAAGGUUAUUGUGUUUGUGUACGUACAUUGGGAUUAAGUGACGCACGUGUGCUGAUCAUCAUCGUUCGGCCUAACAUACUAAAAACAUGUCGGCAUAUCGUUCACUACACCGACUGCGAACCAUUUGGUGGAUUUGGUGUACACUGUGGGGAUCUUACCUGCCGAUCGCCAACAGUGCCAUUUCUGACACGGUGUGUGGACGGGCCGGACAACUGCUGGGCAACUGUUUCCGAAACUUCACUCCAACCGUUGCCGUGGAGGCACUGCAUGCGGUCAAAAUUCCCGACUCGCUGGAGGAAAUCAACCACCGGUGUUUGAUCUUCAACCGAGGCAUGGAAUGCGUUCGUCAGUAUCUGAAGGAGUGUGUGAAUGCCCGGCAGCGGAAAAUAAUUGAAAACGAAGUGUACGGCGCCCAAAAGCUGUACGAAUUUUUGUGCUACGACCAAGCUUUCCAGCGAGAGUUUUUACGACACAAAAGCUGCUUCCAGCUGGUCCAUCCCGAGUGGGAUCUCUGCUCGAACCAGUUUAUAGGCGUGCUGAAGGACGAAAUGUCUCGAACUACCAAACAGUCCAUAAAUGUUCAAUACAUACACUUUUGUUGUGCACGGUAUGCGUACGAGAACUGUGUGUACAGCAGUGCCCGGUUCAUCUGCAAGCCAGACUCGGCCAUGUUUUUGCGUCGGAUUGCCAAGCUUCUGUCGACCGAUAAGCACUUUCUCAACUGUGAUAAGAUUGAAAAUGAGCUUUGCUCCGAUGCAAUACGACAGUUGGCCAGUAGCAUCGCGGUAUACGUCACAUUCCUUACAUCCCUGGCAAUACUGAUGUUGGAGCGGUAGUUACGGCAAAAAAGGCUACAAAAAGAAAGAAUUACAUGCGUCAAUCGUGAGCUUUUGCUUGAUUUUCGUACCCGAUGUUAUUUCGUAGGUGUUGUAUAAUAUGUUCCCCAUAUGCGACUGAAAGUAAUAUCAGAUAAAUAAAACAGGUAUUUUAUGUGUCAUAUUUGAAGAUGUUAAGCUUUGAUUAGAUGGCAAAUUGCAGGUAGGUUCUAGCGUUUGUACUUACGAUGCGAUCAUUUUGUUCACGUGGCUGAAGUGGAAACCCCCGCUGGGCGUCAAACAUUCAACAAACUGUCAACAUUCUUUGAUAUAUCUUUCCCGGCCGGUUCGUCUUGUGUUACAAUUCGAUUAGCAUUCCGUCGUAACCAUUACAACAAACAUCAGAGCACCACUUUGCGAAUAAAAUCAACACGGUAAUGAGGAUGUGCUGGGUAGAAGAGGAAAAAAAACAGCUCUUGCUGCAGAUCGUACCAAAAUCUACUCCAAAGGAUGAUGCCACCAACGGAGAGUUUAACCUGAAACGAAACAGGAAAUUGAAACCGAGAGCA